AUGACUAAAGAUCACUCAAUUUACAAACAUAAAGAGGAUUUUUAAUUUGAAACUCUAGUAAUUGAAAGACCAAGAAAUUUUAACGGUAAUUGGUUGGAUUUAUUAUAAAUACAGUCACAAAAGCUCAAGCAGUUAAUUGAUGAAACUGAUUAGGAAUUAAAAAGGAGAGGUAUUAUUUUUCUGAAUGAGACUAAUAUUAAUUAGUAACAUAUUUCCUCUAAUGUUGGUAACUUAAGUAAAUCACAAGAAUUCUAUUCUCAGAAAUUUUAAGCAACGCUCAUGUAAUAAAAUUAAUCCCCAAUCAAUCUCGAGGAAAAUUAAGAUCUAAUUAGAGAAAUAAGCAUAAACGAGAUAGAAGACGAUGACGAUGAUCUCUCAGAUUAUAAUAUAGAAAAAUUUAAGUUAGCCUAGGAAAAUGGCAACUCUAGGUUUAAUAUAUAACUAUAAAAUAAAAACAGAGAGGGGAGUCUAAAAAGAAAGUAAAAAUUGAAUGAAGAUCUUAGAUAAAUGCUAAUGAGGAAUAUUCAAGUUAGUUAAUCAAAUGAACUGUCAAAUCAGUAAACAAGACAAAGAUUAGAGUCCAUAGAAUCUUUCAAAAGUACUGAUUAACAACAGAGAUUUAGUUCUUCAUUAGAUAAAAAAAGAUUAUUUAGCAAGUAUCAGAUGGCAGUGAAUGCUUAAAAUACCAAUAGCUAGAAAUAUGGAAAUUAAAACUCUAAGUAAAAUGAUAAAAUACGUACAAUGCAAACUGAGAUAUCUCCAGAUUUGCAAGUCUCAUUCAAUAAUCAAAAUUAGUAUUUACCUCCUAAAAAUAAAAUGGCUGAAAGACUAGACUUAUUUAGGAAUAAACUACCGUAUAUUAACUCCUUACAUUAAAGAUCAUUGCAAGUCACACCCCUCUAAAAUAAUUUACUGAAGAGUCCAAUGUUAAGGAAUUCAAGUAGAAUAAAUUCACGAUAUAGUCACGCAAAGACAAAUGCAGAUCAGUAGAAUCCAAUGAGUAGAAACGGGGAUCUAUAAAAUUCCGGAGAUCAAGAGAUAAUUGAGGUUCCUAACCUAAUCCUUGGUUAUAGUCCAUUAAAUAAAAAGUACACUGACUUUCUUGCAAAAGAUGAGAAAGAGAAAUAUGAGAAAUUACAAGAGAAUAAAAAGAACAUGAAGAUAGCAAUGAAAAAUAUUGAUUUUAUUGCAGCUGUAACUAAGUCUUUCAAAUCUAGAAUAUCGAUUGGAAUGGCUACACAAGGAGUACCAAUAUGA